AUGCUGUAUUGCAAUGCCAGAAGCUCUUUAGGAUUCCGAGUACAGGCUCUGAGCUCUGAUGGUGGCAUUGUAUUCCAACCUGGACAGUUGGUUGAGAAGUUAGUUGAAACACCCAACGGGUGUCAUGGCAGUGUCAUUGGUUUCCCGCAGAUUAAAUGGGAGGAUGUUUGCAAAGACACUUGUUAUGUUAGCAUGGAAUUACCAAAAAAGUUAAAGUUGCAAUACAAGACGUACCACAGGACUGGGCAAAAGUUUCAGACACCUACAUGGGUGCUGUACUCCCAUCCCACCAGUACACACUCAAGGAUAAACCUAGGGGUCUACCUCAGCCCCUAUCCCAAGGAUGCUGAUAGCUGGAGAGGACCCUGGGUCAUCUAUGAGGGACCCAGUGCCUACUCCGACUUAGCAUAUAUUGAGCUGCCUUCUACAUUUGCCUGUCUCUAUGAAAAUGGCCUAAAAUCUCCUUAUGAGCAGAUAUCCUUCAGCAUCUUCACCUUGUGUGAGGUCAUCCAGAACCUGCCACUUAAACCCAAUGUUCUCCAUAUUCCCGUGGACAAAGACAAAAAGAAAGGGAAAUGUAAAACUUCAUAA